CGCGAGUAUAUAAUACGAGUCGUCACCUACUUGUUGCAUUUUGAGCCCAGCUGGGUACAGAGGUGGUAACAGACUCUAAACAACAUGACGCCCUACUUGGUUGUCUUUAUGCUGGCUUCUAUGGCCAGACUGAGCUAUGGUGACAGGUGUGACAUGAGGCAUUGUUAUAUCCCAAUGAUUCCCUAUAGUGGUGCGCUCAGUGACCUUCCUCCGGACCAGGUGCCGCAAUUCUGCAGUGAUGCUGGACAGGCCCUUGGUUGUAUGGAUGAGGUCGUUGGAGAAUGUCAAUACAUGAAAGAUACGGUAUCCACCUUUGAUGUCAUGAUUUCCAGAGUGUGCGGUGAGGUGGAUCUCGAUGAGGAUGAGGACGAGAAUGAGGAUGACAGAAGGAGGGGGACAACCUGUUCAUUCAGGAGGCAGGGCAAGAUUCAGAGAUGUGCACACAAACUGCAACGUCUUGUCUACGAUCAACCUAUCGUUUGCGGGAAGGUGAGAAGAACCAUUGGUUGUCUCCAAAAAAACAUCGCGAAAUGCCCAAGUGUUUUUAACCCUGCAGUUAUACGCUUGGACACACUACGCUCAAAUCUUUUGUCGAUUUGUGUAGAGACGGAGGCACCAUCAACCAGAGGACCCCCAACGACACAAGCACCAGCGACCUGCCCCGACGAUUUCAUGACGCAAAUGCAAAACUGCCUUGGGGACAUAAGCGCCCAGAUGCAAGUUCUGUCAUCGGGAGCCCCGGAAGGCAUGCAGGCGUGCAGUUCUCUGACAUCCAGCCUGGACUGUGUCUCCAACUUAACCGUGGCCUGCGGGGAUAAUGCUCAAUUUGCCAGUAUGGCAUCCAUGUUUAAUGUGGACCAAAUCAGAACUCAGGCAAGUUUCCUAUGUGCGGGCGAUGACGGAGGAGACAGAGGAUGUCCGUCAAACUUGCAACAGGAGAUACUUGAUUGCGUAGCACCACUGCAGGGGGCUGGAGUCAACGACCAAUCUGCCAUGUGUAGUAUGGCCCACACAGCGUUCAGUUGUGUUGACGACCUGGUGGCCAUUUGUGGUAGCAGACUCGGGGAUCUGUUAAGUCAGAUGCAAUUUGACCGGACAAGACAAGCACUGGCGUCUGUAUGUCAAGCGUAGAAAACAUCGUUCAAGCUCAUCUGUGGUACAUCUCUGUCUCUGUAUAUUCAUCUGCUUUUCAAAUGAUAAAAUAAAGGAACAUGUAAUUACUUAA